UCCACACAGCCCCGCCCCGCACGGCCAGGCGAAGCGGAGCCGGCCGUGCGGUGUGCGUGUAUGUGUUCGCGGGGCGCCGUCUCAGCCCCGGGAAGAUGGUGGCGGCGGCGGCGGCGACUGAGGCGAGGCUGAGGAGGAGGACGGCGGCAGCGGCAGCGCCCGCGAGCAGGAACGGCGGGUUGCGCCGGGACUGGGACGUGACCCGUGCUGGGAGGUCGGGACUGGGGGCCGGGUUGCGCCUCCUGCGGCUGCUGUCGCCGCCGCUCCGGCCGAGGCUGCUGCUGCUGCUGCUCCCGCCGCUGCUGCUGCUGCUUCCCUGGGACGCGGAGGCCGCGGCGGCGGCGGCGGUGGUGUCGGGCUCAGCCGCAGCCGAGGCCAAGGAAUGUGACCGGCCCUGUGUCAACGGCGGCCGCUGCAACCCUGGCACCGGCCAGUGCGUCUGCCCUGCCGGCUGGGUGGGCGAGCAAUGCCAGCACUGCGGGGGCCGCUUCAGACUAACUGGAUCUUCUGGGUUUGUCACAGAUGGACCUGGAAAUUAUAAAUAUAAAACAAAGUGCACGUGGCUCAUUGAAGGACAGCCAAAUAGAAUAAUGAGACUUCGUUUCAAUCAUUUUGCUACAGAGUGUAGUUGGGACCAUUUAUACGUUUAUGAUGGGGACUCAAUUUACGCACCACUAAUUGCUGCCUUUAGUGGCCUCAUUGUUCCUGAGAGAGAUGGCAACGAGACUGUCCCUGAGGUUGUUGCCACAUCAGGUUAUGCCCUGCUGCAUUUUUUUAGUGAUGCUGCUUAUAAUUUGACUGGAUUUAAUAUCACUUACAGUUUUGACAUGUGUCCGAAUAAUUGCUCAGGCCAAGGAGAAUGUAAGAUCAAUAAUACCAGCAACACUGUCGAGUGUGAAUGUUAUGAAAACUGGAAUGGUGAAGCAUGUGACAUUCCUCACUGCACAAGUAACUGUGGUUUUCCUCAUCGAGGCAUUUGCAAUUCAAGUGAUGUCAGAGGAUGCUCCUGCUUCUCAGAGUGGCAGGGUCCUGGAUGUUCAGUUCCUGUACCAGCUAACCAAUCAUUUUGGACUCGAGAGGAAUAUUCUAACUUAAAGCUCCCCAGAGCAUCUCAUAAAGCUGUGGUGAAUGGAAAUAUAAUGUGGGUUAUCGGAGGAUAUAUGUUCAACCACUCAGAUUACAACAUGGUUCUAGCGUAUGACCUUGCUUCUAGGGAGUGGCUUGCACUAAACCGUUCUGUGAACAAUGUGGUUGUUAGAUAUGGUCAUUCUUUGGCAUUAUACAAGGACAAAAUUUACAUGUAUGGAGGGAAAAUUGAUUCAACGGGGAAUGUGACCAAUGAGUUGAGAGUGUUCCAUAUUCAUAAUGAAUCAUGGGUAUUGUUGACCCCUAAGGCAAAGGAACAGUAUGCAGUGGUUGGGCACUCGGCACACAUUGUCACACUGAACAAUGGCCGAGUGGUCAUGCUGGUCAUCUUUGGUCACUGCCCUCUCUAUGGAUAUAUAAGCAAUGUGCAGGAAUAUGACUUGGAUAAAAACACAUGGAGUAUAUUGCAGACCCAGGGUGCCCUUGUGCAAGGGGGCUAUGGCCACAGCAGUGUUUAUGACCAGAAGACCAGGGCUCUGUAUGUUCAUGGUGGCUACAAGGCUUUCAGCGCCAAUAAAUACCGGCUUGCAGAUGAUCUCUACAGAUAUGAUGUGGAUACCCAGAUGUGGACCAUUCUUAAGGACAGCCGAUUUUUCCGUUACUUGCACACAGCUGUAAUAGUGAGUGGAAACAUGCUGGUGUUUGGGGGAAACACACAUAAUGACACAUCCAUGAGCCAUGGCGCCAAAUGCUUCUCUUCAGAUUUCAUGGCCUAUGACAUUGCUUGUGACCGCUGGUCAGUGCUUCCCAGACCUGAUCUCCACCAUGAUGUCAACAGAUUUGGCCAUUCAGCAGUAUUACACAACAGCACCAUGUACGUGUUUGGUGGUUUCAACAGUCUCCUCCUCAGUGACAUCCUGGUGUUCACCUCAGAGCAGUGUGAUGCACACAAGAGUGAAGCUGCUUGUUUAGCAGCGGGACCUGGUAUCCGGUGUGUGUGGGACACAGUGUUGUCUCAGUGUAUCUCCUGGGAGUCAACAACUAAAGAACAUGAAGAGAAGUUAAGAUCAGAAUGUUUUUCCAAAACUCCUGACCAUGACAGAUGUGACCAGCACACAGAUUGUUACAGCUGCACGGCCAACACCAACGACUGCCACUGGUGCAAUGACCAUUGUGUCGCGAUGAACCACAGUUGCACAGAAGGCCAGAUCUCCAUUUUCAAGUAUGACAAUUGCCCUAAGGAUAACCCCAUGUACUAUUGUAACAAGAAGACCAGCUGCAGGAGCUGUGCCCUGGACCAGAACUGCCAGUGGGAGCCCCGGAAUCAGGAAUGCAUCGCCCUACCCGAAAAUAUCUGUGGCAUUGGCUGGCAUUUGGUUGGAAACUCAUGUUUGAAAAUCACGACUGCCAAGGAGACUUAUGACAAUGCUAAAUUGUCCUGUAGGAACCACAAUGCCUUUUUGGCUUCUCUUACAACUCAGAAGAAGGUAGAAUUUGUCCUUAAGCAGCUGCGAAUAAUGCAGUCAUCACAGAGCUUGACCAAGCUCACCUUAACCCCAUGGGUUGGCCUUCGGAAGAUCAAUGUGUCCUAUUGGUGCUGGGAAGAUAUGUCCCCGUUUACAAAUAGUUUAAUACAGUGGAUGCAAUCUGAGCCCAGUGAUGCUGGAUUCUGUGGCAUCUUGUCAGAACCCAGUAUUCGCGGUUUGAAGGCUGCAACCUGCAUCAACCCACUCAAUGGUAGCGUCUGUGAAAGGCCUGCAAACCACAGUGCCAAACAAUGCCGGACGCCAUGUGCCUUGAGGACAGCGUGUGGAGAGUGCACCAGCGGCAGCUCUGAAUGCAUGUGGUGCAGCAACAUGAAGCAGUGUGUGGACUCCAAUGCCUACGUGGCCUCCUUCCCUUUUGGCCAGUGUAUGGAGUGGUAUACGAUGAGCAGCUGCCCCCCUGAAAAUUGUUCAGGCUACUGUACCUGUAGUCAUUGCUUGGAGCAACCAGGCUGUGGCUGGUGUACUGAUCCCAGCAAUACUGGCAAAGGGAAAUGCAUAGAAGGUUCCUAUAAAGGACCAGUGAAGAUGCCUUCACAGGGCCCUACAGGAAAUUCCUAUCCACAGCCUCUUCUCAAUUCCAGCAUGUGUCUGGAGGAUAGCAGGUACAACUGGUCUUUCAUUCACUGUCCAGCCUGCCAAUGCAACGGCCACAGCAAAUGCAUCAAUCAGAGCAUCUGUGAGAAGUGUGAAAACCUGACCACGGGCAAGCACUGCGAGACCUGCAUAUCUGGCUUCUAUGGUGAUCCCACCAACGGAGGGAAAUGUCAGCCAUGCAAGUGCAAUGGGCAUGCGUCGCUGUGCAACACCAACACUGGCAAGUGCUUCUGUACCACCAAAGGCGUCAAGGGGGACGAGUGCCAGCUAUGUGAGGUAGAAAAUCGAUACCAGGGAAACCCUCUGAAAGGAACAUGUUAUUAUACUCUUCUUAUUGACUAUCAGUUCACUUUUAGCCUGUCCCAGGAAGAUGACCGCUAUUACACAGCCAUCAAUUUUGUGGCUACUCCUGAUGAACAAAACAGGGAUUUGGACAUGUUCAUCAAUGCCUCCAAAAACUUCAACCUCAACAUCACCUGGGCUGCCAGCUUCUCAGCUGGAACCCAGGCUGGAGAAGAGAUGCCUGUUGUUUCAAAAACCAACAUUAAGGAGUACAAAGAUAGCUUCUCUAAUGAAAAGUUUGAUUUUCGCAACCACCCAAAUAUCACAUUCUUUGUUUAUGUCAGUAAUUUCACCUGGCCCAUCAAAAUUCAGAUUGCCUUCUCCCAACACAGCAAUUUUAUGGACCUGGUACAGUUCUUCGUGACGUUCUUCAGUUGUUUCCUCUCUUUGCUCCUGGUGGCUGCUGUGGUUUGGAAGAUCAAACAAAGUUGUUGGGCCUCCAGGCGUAGAGAGCAACUUCUUCGCGAGAUGCAACAGAUGGCCAGCCGUCCCUUUGCCUCUGUCAAUGUUGCCUUGGAAACAGAUGAAGAGCCUCCUGAUCUUAUUGGAGGGAGUAUAAAGACUGUUCCCAAACCCAUUGCCCUGGAGCCAUGUUUUGGCAACAAAGCCGCUGUCCUCUCUGUGUUUGUGCGGCUCCCCCGAGGCCUGGGUGGCAUCCCUCCUCCUGGGCAGUCAGGUGAGUCUUGCCGUGGCCAGCGCCCUGGUGGACAUUUCUCAGCAGAUGCCAAUAGUGUACAAAGAGAAGUCGGGAGCAGUGAGAAACCGGAAGCAGCAGCCCCCCGCACAGCCUGGGACCUGCAUCUGAUGCUGGGGCCAGGGACUCUCCCGCACACGAGCGAGUGCGUGGCACGCCAGAGCCGUCUGCAGGGGGGGCGCCGCAGGGGAGCGGCUGUACGGUUCAGGGCAGAAGGCUAGAGACCCUCGAAGCAUCCCACUCACCUGCAUGAUCACAAGCUUUCUUUGACGGUUUCUCCCAUCCGUGUUUCACCACCUAACCUUUUACUUUUGCAUAGGAAAUACUUGAUGGAAUCACAGCUCCAGGGAUGGGCUGGUUGUUGCUGGAGGGGCCGGUGCAGAGCCAGCAGAGAGCUGGGAGUGGCGCUCAGGUUCACGUGUGGACAGCGUUCUUGGGACUGUCUCAACUGUGCAAAAAACAAAAGAUGGAGUGUUUACAAGUAGACAUCAGUCACCAGUUGUUCUUGAACAUGGUCUUUUAAAAACUAGUCAGAUGAAUUAAUUUAUUGUCAUCUGAAACCUGCUGUCUUUUUUAAAAGAUGUGCUAUCUAUUCUUGCACGAUUUAGGCAGAUCUCUCUCUUCCAGGGAGUAGCUUUUUUCUAGUUGAGAAUUAAUAAUGGUCCAUCUCUUUUGAAUCAUAUCAAGCUAGGAUAGAAGGGGGCUAUUUUAAAUGUCAAGGUCAGCUGUUACUUUGAAUGUAAAUUGAUGUAGUAGUUUUCUGUAGCAAUGUGAUUAAUUUAGUCUUACUCCAUUUGAAAUUUUGUCUUCCUUUCUCCCCCCUCUUCCUUCUCCCUGUCCACACCUCUCCCUCUCACAAACACACACCACAUACACAUACACUAAGUGCCUAGACUUUAAAUAGAUCUAGCAAUUGGAAAGUUAGUAAGCCUAAGUUUUUACAUAAUUGCAUUCCUACAUUCUUGUAAAAUUUAAAUAGCUACCAUUGGCAAUCUGCUCUUUUUCUAAAAUCUAAUUUGCAGCCCAGGAAAGAAUUUUCUCACCCCAAGGAACAUUUGACCUAGCAGCAGGGACCGAGAGGAAAGCAGAAAUGAACUAAUUGUGAAAGCUCCUGUUUUUGUCAAAAAGAACACUGUCAAGAAGGUGCCCCCCACCCCUACCCCGGUGUCACCCUAAGCCUGAAUGUGAUCAGCCCUCUGGCCUCCUGCCAGGGCACCACAGAGGAAGGGACUCGCUCAUGUCAUGUGUCUCCUUGAGCAGAAAAGAGCACUGAGAGCACUCGGACCCCUGGAUCAAAGAAUGACCGUGUGCUAUUCCUGUAGCCUGCUCCGAGCUGUGGGGCAUUCUCAGGCUGGGUGGAGUCAGAUGCCAGGAGAAGGACAGCCUCCCGCUGUUGGGCAGAACUUGCCUAAAGCCUGGAGCAGGACCUGGAGCUGUUUGCCCUCUUUCCCCCAGGAGGGGCUUGGCCCACCGUCCUCCCUCCCAGACUGAAGCGGUGGCUGUGAGGAGGGCAGCGAAUGCUGACAAGGAUGAAAAGCACAUGGAAAAAAAUGGACAAGGAGGGAAAAGUGUAUGUCAUAUGGAAGAUGACCAAAUUUAAGAGGGUGGGACAGUCCCCUGCUCUUCUCCCACAGGGCACUGCCUGGACGUUGUGUUCUCCCCAUUUAUGGUGCUCUGUAUUCUGGCAUUAUGCAGCAGCCUCCCGGGGCUCUCUUCGGUUUCAAACUGAGAUUCUCGGCAUUAUCCUGUUGGCACGGACCUCUGGAUAGCAGUGCUCAAGCUUGUGAAUUUGCAGAAUACUCAAAAGAGCAAAAACUGCGGCAUUUCACCUUUAAAUGCAGUGCCUAGAGAGGGAGCAUUAUCUUUUCCCCAACACUAACCCCACUCCCAUGAAGAUUUGCCUGGAAAUAUAUUUUCAAGAAAAUUGAACCAUAAAACACUGUCUAAUGCACAAAACACCUCUACCUUGAGACUCAGCUCUCAAGAAGCUUCUUUUCCACGUAAUUGUUAAAGAGCAGACGGUUCUAGAAAAGACCCCUCCUCUUAUGAGCUCCCCACAUCCCUGCUCCAGAACACAGCACCCACCAAGCGCCUGCAGUGGACUGGCCCCUGGCCCCUGAUUACCGCAGGCCCCUCCGUGAGACGACGGGGCUGCUGGGGACUGUCCUGCAGGAAGAUCCUCCUUGUCUGUUCAAAGGACCAAUUUUUCCUUGGCCAAAGAAGUCUCUUCCCCGUGUUAGUCCUAUGCCUUGAAAUAACAUGCACCGUGACCCACAGCCAUCUGGUUAUGUCUUUUUUUUUUUUCCUAAAAGAUAAUGUUUAUGUUUUAAAAGGAAGGAAGGAGCAAGUGAAGUUUAGUUCUGCUCCAACAGUGGAGAAACAGCUGGAUCCACCUGCUUCUCCUUUGCAGCCAACAGCAAGCAGCUUCCUCCCGGCUCAGGGCAGAAACAGGGAGUGGCAGGGAGUGAGAGGAGCUGGGCUGAGAGCCGGUCACCAAGAGGGAAUGGGUCACCAUCUGGUGACCUCGUGUCACAGGAGAGCCUGUGUAUAAAUUAAAAUCGUCAUGACAACAUUGAUCUUGCACUUGUAAAUAACUAUACAGUAGUGUCCAGAAUGUUCAGACAUUCAGGAUGUACAUAAAACAGAAAAAUAUCUUAAUGUAUUUUUAUUAAAUGUAACAAUGUCCAAGUUUCACCUAAGAUGUUUUUGUGCCAUGUACUGGGUAUCCAAGUUCUGAGAAGUCCUCUCCUCAGGCCCUGAUCCGUUAAUUACAAAGCCAAGAAAAGCACCCCCAUCGUGUUGAUGUGUUCAAGUGCAUCUGUUACCAAUUAGAUAACACUUAAAACAGGACUGUGUCAGAACAUGUGUGCAAGGCUGGCAGGGAUCUGCUUAAACAGCAGUACUUGAGACUCAGGGAAGCAAGAGUCUCUCUGUUGCUGUUGUUGGCUCUACAUGCACAUCUUGAAUCCCUGGCAGCCUCUCGGUACUCUGAAUGACCAGGGAGGAUCAGUUUUGUCCUGAGAAACAUUUCUCUUAGUCUUUAAGUUCAAAUACCAUAACCUGUGGAAAUCAGACUUUCCAAAAAGGGGUUCUCCAAGCUGCAUUUAGUUUUGUCGAAAUUUUUAAUGACCAUUUCCCAGAACCAUAGUUUAUGAUCCUGAAAACCAGGGGUGGGAGUGGGGAGGCUAGUUAGUUGCUAAAUAGCUUCCAUUUCUACAUGGAGAGUUUUAUACCCCCUGUACUCCUGUCUACCUCCUGCCACCUCCCUACACACAGCUGGGGGGGCCUGUGCUUCCCCUCGAGGCCAUGGGCAGAGGUGGGAAGAGGUGUGGGGGGAUGGCAGCCCAUAGUCUGAGCUGACCCAGAGGAUUGCAGCCCUGGACAGACUGUCAGCAAAAGGGAAAUAAUGGGAUAUCUGUGGAUGAGGUCUGAGUGCGAGACUGGAGACGCGCUGGGAAGUGGGGGGCCAAUGACAAGACCAGGGCACUGCGGGUAGGAGAGAGACCUUUCACCUCCCAGUGUAAAUCUCGCCCCUUCAGCUUAAUAGAGUAUUAUAUUGGGGCUGGAGGGCUGAUGCACUUCCUUGGGUGAUGGUGUCAUUUUCACAAACACCUUUGAUCCUUCCGUUUAAUUCAUUCAUCCAUUCAUUCAACAAAUACUGUGUUUUUACUAAACACUUACUGACCUAAGCUAAUGCCUAGGGGUAGUGACCAAGAUGAAAAAGUAGCUUUUUAGAAUUGCAGCAUCCUACUCCUCACUCCCCUGUCAUCCCAGGAGAUCCUUCCUUGUGGUUUCUGUGAGAAUUGGCCAUCCUAAGGACUGAUCUUGGAAGGUGGCAGUGGCCUCCUGUCCACGAGGUGUGCCCUGCCUCCCGUCUGAAAUGUUCACCCCGUUGACCAAACUCUGCUCCAGCCAUAAAGGUCACCGUGAUGGUGUCUAGAUAGUCAGGCCCACUGAGAGACACUGCCCCUCGAAGAGAGUCGCUCAGACCAGCAGGCACCCGGCCUGCAGGGAGACGCUUUGCAGUGCAAAGGAGAAGUGGCGCCUUCUCUUUUAAAGGCAAUAAUGGAGUCGAUUUUCAGUAAUUGAAUUUGUGCACAAAACAUUCAAAACACUAGUGAAGCCUGUUUUGUUGAACUAAUUCUGGCUCUGGAAAUGUUUUUGUUUUAUAGUUAUUUACGGUUUUUUGUUGGUUUUUUUUUGUUUUAUUUGGUUGGAUUCAAGCUAGUUUGUUAAUAUGUAUAAUUUAGCAUCUAUUGCACUCAUGUAAAUAUGGAGUAAGUAUUGUAAACUAUUUCAUUGCUGGGGAUUGUGGGUGUUAUACAUACAUUUAGGACUGCAAUUUUUGGUAUUUUUUGUAUUGUAAAAUAACAGCUAAUUUAAGCAGGAACAAGAGAUUAAGGGAGGUCUGUGCAUUUUAAACACAAAUGUGAAGAACUUGUAUAUAAACAAAAGUAAAUACUAUAAUACAAACUUCCUUCUGAAAUAAAAGUAGAUCUGGUAAAAGUGUG